AUGGAUCUCCAAGGACACCCAAUUCCUCCAGGCCAGAGACGUACUAAGGCCACAACUGACCCCAUGGCCGAUCGCCAGCCCAUCUAUGAGUCGUCUGGUCCAGUCCUCAAUGACUCCCUCGCCGCCGAAUCCGUCAACCGCGGGGGUCCAUACAGCGAGAACCGCGGGGCUGAACCUCUAGGAGUCACCAGCGGCCAAUCCACCGUCCAUAACAUUGAUACGUCCGCAGCUACCAAGCUGUCUUCGGCUCCAGUAAGCGCUUUUCGCGAAGACAGACAGCGACAAGAGAAAUACCCCGAAGCCCUCGGGGACCAGGGAAAUUACCCUGGAGCCCAUCUGCCUGGGUCUGGCUAUGUGGGCGGGCCUACAGCAGCAGCCAAGAAGGAACUGGGAAUCAACGAAAAUGAGUAUCCUGCUUCGGGGAAGCCCCCUCAGUCCGGCGCUACGGCUAGUGGAAGUGGAUAUCAGACUCUGACUGGUGCUUCCCAGAAGCCCUCGUAUGCGGGUGCUGGUCAGCGCGGGGAUGAAAGUUACUUCCCUGAUUAUCCAGAGUACAACGCCAGUUUCGACUUUGAUAUCGGAGACGAGAAUGAUCCUGGCCGUUUAGCAGAGAGCGGUUUCCGACAUAGAAUGGCAAAGAGUGGACUCGAAGCGGCCGCUCCUAGAGAACAGGGCAUUAGGGAUAGCAAUUGGUAUCAGGCGCUGAAUGGUGAUCAGAGAGCUUAAUGAUUUUUUUUUUGGAAGUCCUUUGGACCAUGUACUUUGAGAAUCCAUUGAGAGUAUGAAUAGUUAGUAUCUACCUUUUGUUUCAUAACUUCGGGAGCUCUCACCCAUCCAUAUGGCUGGGCUCCAAUCCUAGUCCUUGGUAUACGGAGGGCUUGCGCAUCAUCUAUGCUUAACGAAAGCAGCUCUAUCCAGCGAAGUCUAAUAUAGGCUCGUAAAUCACAGAAAGGCUCAAUCAGCAUCAUAUUUUAUUGGAUU